AUGAGAGACCUGUAUGAGGACGACCCAUUUGGUGAUUCUGGCUCCGAAUAUGUGCUUAGUAAUCCAAGUGGCUCAGAAAGUGAAAGCGAAAGGGAUGAGGGUACUAUAAAUGCAACAGUGAAAACAAGAAAACCCAUCAGGAAUGAGCAAAUGUGGCCAAAAAAUAUUAUGAAAGCGAAGCGAAUAAAAGGUGAAGAAUAUAGGAAUUUCAAAGGGUAUUCGCUAAUAUCGAGAAAAAAAAUUCGCAAAAAGGAUACCAUAAUAAAUCCUCAAGAAUACUUGGAUUUAUUUAGCGAAUCCGGAAGUGUUCAAGUACUUGGCGUUAAUUGGAAAGUCUACGACUGGCAAGAACAAGUCAAAGCACAUGUGCGUGCUACUUCAUUGUUACCCUUUAAAAUUAAUUCUUGCAAACGUGUAAUGAUCACGAAAAAUACUAAAGGCAAUGUCAUUGUUCAGGGCGAGCCAUUUUACAAGCAUCUUAUAGGCACCGCUCAAGGUAUCUGUAAAAAACGAAAAACAUUCUAUGACAUCAAUCCUGAUGAAAUGAGUACUGGUCAUCGCAAAAUCAAGCCGGAAAAGAUCAAAAACGUGGAUGAGCUCUUGACAGACCAUUUUGGUUCUACUUGGAAAGAGGAAGCUGAAAAUUUAGGACUUCAGUAUUAUCGAGAUGUGUUAAGUGAUGAAAACCGUGGCAAUGAAAAAGCAGAAGAAGUUCAAGAAGAGCUCCUUUGUGAUCCUCAAGAAGACAAAAAUAAAUUUGUAUAA